CCCCGUCGUCAGAGACAAUCACCCAGAAAAGACACAGAAAAGGGCAUUAUGCUUCGUGCCCGAUUCUACCGUCGUCACCGCUUCCAACUUACCUGUAUCCACUCAAUCCAGUCCCUUCUCUUUCUUUCUCUCUCUCUCUACAAUCUAGGGUUUAAGUUUACCCCUCCGAUGACAGCGUACAUUUUGACCCUCCCCAAACCCUAAAGAAAGCAAAUUCCGCUCUCUGUUUCUCAAUAAUAAACUAUGGACGGAGUCGAUAAUGGACGCGAGGCGUCCGGUUCUAGCGGCGGUGAUCAUCCGGCCCCAACUCCGAUGCCGAGCACAAAUGCGCCGCCGCCGUUCUUGAGUAAGACGUACGAUAUGGUCGAUGACCCGGCAACCGACCCAAUAGUGUCGUGGAGCCCCACGAACAACAGCUUCGUGGUGUGGAACCCGCCCGAGUUCGCCAGGGACCUCCUGCCCAAGUACUUCAAGCACAACAAUUUCUCCAGCUUCGUCAGGCAGCUCAACACCUACCAAUCAAAUGGAGCAAAAGUGGGAGAAAGGGAAAAGGAAGCGAGUCUCAGGUUGAUCAUGACCUGAUCACAUGGUUAACAAUGGUUUAAUCUUGUCAUAUGAUCUUGUUGUUUCAGUUGUAGUCAAGGGUUUCAGGAAGGUUGAUCCAGACCGAUGGGAAUUUGCAAAUGAGGGCUUCUUGAGGGGCCAAAAACACCUGCUUAAGAGUAUUAGUCGGCGAAAACCUGCUCAUGGACAUAGUCAUCAACAGUCACAGCAAUCACAAGAACAGAGUUCAUCACUGGGAGCUUGUGUAGAGGUUGGGAAGUUUGGCCUGGAGGAAGAGGUUGAGAGGCUUAAGAGGGACAAGAAUGUGCUUAUGCAGGAACUUGUCAGGUUGAGGCAGCAGCAACAGGCAACUGAUAGUCAGCUGCAAACCAUGGUGCAGCGUCUUCAGGGGAUGGAGCAGAGGCAUCAACAGGUGAUGUCAUUCCUGGCAAAGGCUGUGCAGAGUCCUGGCUUCUUGGCCCAGUUUAUGCAGCAGCAAAAUGAGAGCAACAAGCGCAUGACUGAAGGCAGCAAAAAACGGAGGCUUAAGCAAGAAGAUAUUUCCGAGAGGGAAGAUUCUCCUGCUCCUGAUGGACAGAUUGUUAAGUAUCAACCACUAAAGAAUGAGGCAACAAAGGCAAUGCUCAGGCAGAUUAUGAAAAUGGAUGCUUCCUCCAGGCUGGAAUCUUUUAACGACGAAGAUGGUUUACUGAUUGCCGAUGGUCCAUCAUCGACCAGUGCAAUGGACAGUGGGAGCUCUACAAGCCAUGUAUCAGGAGUGACUCUGCAAGAGGUCUCACCAACUUCUGAGAAAGUUGCAACUCCAUUCCCAGUCCCAGAUAUGAGUCUGCUGGUUGGAGCACAAGAUGCACCUUCCAUUUCUGUUCCUGAGGCCAAUUUAAUCAUGCCUGAGCUUUCUCAAAUACCUGAAAUGAUGCCCGAAAGUAUUGUGGACAUUCCCAAGGAAAAUUACAUGGGACCUGAGACAGGCAAUGGAGGAUUUUUAGAUCCCUCAUUGGAAGUUAAUGGGUCUCUUCCCAUAGAAAUGGAUGAUAUCUCCCCAGAUUCUGACAUUGAUCUCUUUCUAAGUGAUCCCAACUUUUGGGAUGACCUUGUGCAAAGUCCAGUGCCGGAAGAUAUUGAAUCAAAUUCUGUGCACGGUAUGUUCAAGGAAAAUGAAGCACAGCCAAUGGAGAACGGAUGGGACAAUGUUCAGCAUCUGGACAAGCUUACGAAACAAAUGGGCCUUCUUACAUCAGAUAUUAAAGAGGCCUGAUAUUGGUUACUACAUGUACAUUAGUUUCACUCAUCGGAUGAGGUAAUACUAAUCGUCUUUCUAAUCAUGCAAUCCUCUUGUUUUGGUCUUUGGAAGAGCAGCUAAGGCCCCUUGUCUCUGUUCACCCUUGCUUUGUUUUGCUCAUAUGGAGACCCUUAAUUUAGUUUUUUUGGUUCUUUUCUCUGAAUCCUCCUUUACCUCAUGUUGAUGAUGUGUGCAGUGACUCGAUGGGAUAAGUAUUGUAACUGGCUAUAGCUCUAAUUUUAUGUUCCUUUAUACGAGUUGAUGUCCUGCUCUAGCUAGGCAUGGCCUUUGUUUGAAAGAAUGAAUGGUAAUGGAUGCUUUGCUGAAAAAAAUAAUAAUUUGAGUCUAGAUUAUUUUACUAGAUUACAUUUCCCUUCUG